AUGAACGACUCAAUUUGUUUCCCCGAAUGGGACAAGUCCGCGACCAUGCGGCACAUCACCGCCUAUCGAGACCACCAUAAAUCGAGCGAUACCCACCGGAUUAACGGCCAGCACGGAGCAGAUUACUUCGCGAACGACGAAGCCCAGUCUUUUUCUCCGGCGUGGGCGCUUGAAAUGAACUGCUACCAAAACGCUAUGCACCUCUGCAGCCUGGAAAAAACGAACUACGUUGGCUUCCGGUUCGAGCUUGCGCUCUUAGGCAGUAUACCAGGUGCAUGUAAAGUUUUCAGCUGCCGUAUUACCGGCCGUAGCGAGAACCAUGCUGGCCGCGCUGCGAAGCUUUGCUUCUGGACAGCUGAAGGAGCGGCAAACUCCAUGGCCCAGGUUGCAAGAGGCGAGUUCCGGGUUGGAGACACCACACCCACAGUAAUGAUGGACCGCAUUCGCGCAGCCGAGCAGGUCGAGUCACCCGCCUCCCGAACCCUUCAAGUAGUUGGUCCGCGCCAGAUUGCCAACAAGUAA